AUGUCAAACCAACAGAAUCAGCAAGGCCAACAGGGCCAGCAGGGCCAGCAGCCAUAUUAUGCCAAGAACUUGGGUUAUGACAUGCAGAACAUGAACUUGAACGGUCAACAAAUUGCACAGCAGCAACAAGAGCAGGGAUUCAACCCUGACGCUGCACAAAAUUUUGUGCCAACUGUCAGUUCACCAUCAUUUGUGCCAGGUCAAAGUGGAACGGGCGGUCAGUAUGGCCAGUAUGGUCAAUACGGCCAAGGACAGGGCCAAGGACAGGGCCAAUCUAAUCAGUACAACCAGUACGGCCAGUAUGGUGGACAGUUUGGAAGUAACGAUUACAACAAGAACUAUAACCAGGGAUACCAGGGAUACCAAAGCGGAUCACAAGGUGGAUCUCAAGGCGGAUAUCAGGGAGGAUAUCAGGGAGGAUAUGAGGGAGGCUACCAGCAGGGCUACGAUGCUAACGCGGAGGAACCUCAUCAGAUGUCUUUGGAAGAAUACAAGCAGCAGCAGCAGGAGAAGCUAAAUAAGCCAGCAGGACCAAUGAAGAAGAAAACCUUGAAGUUGAAUAUGAAAUCGAGUACGAUAAAGCUAGGAAAUGCUAAGAAGGAAUCAACGGAUGCAACCAAGAAGGAGAUUGAAGCAACUGCCAAAGAGACGGUUAAGGAAGCUCCUAAGGAAGUUAAAGAAACUCCUGAAAAUGCUCCAUCGUCAGUGAACGUUUCCAAAUCUUCGUCAUCCACAGCCAGUACUACAAACAACGUGGCGAAGGAAUUAGAGGAUCAAGUGGAUCCUGAGGUAGUUAAGGACAUGUUUGGAGGAAAAGAGCACGUCUCCAUUAUCUUUAUGGGUCACGUGGAUGCUGGUAAAUCUACAAUGGGUGGAAAUUUAUUGUAUUUAACAGGUGCAGUGGAUAAGAGAAUUGUGGAUAAGUACGAAAGGGAGGCAAAGGAUGCUGGUAGGCAAGGUUGGUAUCUAUCGUGGAUUAUGGAUACCGAUAGAGAAGAGAGAUCCGAUGGUAAGACUAUCGAGACAGGAAAAGCAUACUUCGAAAGCGACAAGAGACGUUACACAAUUUUGGAUGCCCCUGGUCACAGAUUGUACGUGUCUGAGAUGAUCGGAGGUGCAUCUCAAGCUGAUGUCGGCAUUUUGGUGAUCUCCGCCAGAAAGGGUGAAUAUGAGGCUGGCUUUGAAAGAGGAGGACAAUCUAGAGAGCAUGCCAUUUUGGCAAAGACUCAAGGUGUCAACAAACUUAUUGUUGUGAUUAACAAGAUGGAUGAUCCUACUGUUGGUUGGUCUGAGAAGAGAUACAAAGAAUGUACUAAGAAGUUGUCCGUCUUCUUGAAGAACGUCGGCUACUCUGGAGAUGACAUUUGCUUUAUGCCAGUCUCUGGUUAUACCGGAGCAGGACUUAAGGAAAAGAUUCCUGCCGAAGUAUGCCCAUGGUACCAUGGUCCAGCCCUCUUGGAAUAUUUGGAUAAUAUGCCAUUGACUGCCAGAAAGAUUAACGAUCCAUUUAUGCUACCUAUCGCCUCAAAACUGAAAGAUAUGGGUACCUUGGUGGAAGGUAAAAUUGAGUCUGGACACGUCAGAAAGGGUACUGAGCUACUGCUGAUGCCAAAUAAGAUUCCUGUUGAAGUGUUAACAAUCUUCAAUGAGACCGAGGCCGAGGCAGAUACCGCCUUCUGCGGCGAGCAGGUGCGAAUGAAACUUAAAGGUGUCAACGAUGAUGAUAUCAAUGCUGGUUACGUGCUCUCUUCUAAGGAGCAUCCUGUGCAUACUGUGACUAAGUUCGAGGCCCAGAUCGCCAUUGUUGAGUUGAAGUCGAUUCUAUCCUCUGGUUUCUCCUGUGUUAUGCAUGUCCAUACAGCUAUGGAAGAGGUGACAUUUACCAAACUUCUUCAUAAACUAGAGAGAGGCACUAACAGAAAGUCCAAAAAACCUCCACCUUUCGCUAAGAAGGGGAUGAAGAUCAUUGUUGAGUUGGAGACGCAGGAACCUGUGUGUAUUGAGACAUACGCUGACUACCCUGAGUUAGGUAGAUUCACCUUAAGAGACCAGGGUGAGACCAUUGCUAUUGGUAAGAUCACAAAGUUGUUGUAA